GGCCUCUCCGCGGCCUUCUCAUCUUUUUGUCUCAGAACAGGAUCCCUCUGCCGCUCUACAGUGUGUGCGAUAGCCUCGGAGCCGCGUCCGUACCACACUGUCAAACCACUCCAAACGAAUACAACCGCGACCAAACGCAUUAAUCCGGCACCUUCCGCCAUGGCGCGCCGAAUCUGCCGCUAGAUCGGUCGUAUUUGGGACUAUUCGUUGCAACUUAGUCCGGGUUGAAUCGCUUGCUUGCUGUGUGCAUCAGUCUUUAUUAGCGAGCUUCCCCGCUCUUCUUGCUAUCAGCUUAUUUAACUUUUUUAAAAAACACACUCAGCUUCGCGAAUGACUGAGCGCCGGCGGAGUAUGGGAUCCUUGGCGUCUUAGGAAGCGAGCGAAGUGGGCUUUAACCGUUCAAACGAUGGCAAAUUCGACGGGGAAAAACCUUCCAGAUCAGCGGCGGAAAGGACAGGCUUUCCUGGACGAGCUGCGGCAAUUCCACCAAAGCAGAGGAUCACCGUUUAAGAAGAUUCCUAUCGUGGGUGGGAAAGAGCUGGACCUGAGCGCUCUCUACAUCAGAGUCGUCUCUUUAGGUGGAUUUGCUAAGGUGUCUGACAAAAACCAAUGGAUUGAGCUCGGAGAGGAGUUUAACUUCCCAAGGAGUUGCUCCAACGCUGCAUUCGCUUUAAAACAGUACUACCUUCGAUACUUGGAGAAGUAUGAGAGAGUCCAUCACUUUGGUGAGGAUGACGACGAGGCGCAGCCGGGGAAUCCCAAAACCUCUCUUCCAGUUGGCGCAAUUCCCACGUCCUACAACUACCAGCAACAUGUUGUAUCAGACUAUCUCCGCCAAAGCUACGGGCUGUCUACGGAUUUUGUUCCGCCGUGUGACUACAACAAACUGGUGCUGUCUCUCCUUUCGGGCCUACCCAACGAAGUGGACUUUGCCGUCAAUGUUUGCACUCUGCUCUCCAAUGAGAGCAAGCAUGCCAUGCAGCUGGACAAGGACCCCAAAGUGGUCACAUUGCUGUUGGCCCAUACUGGUGUCUUUGACGACUCGCUCGGCAGCUUCUCUGGGGUGUUUGGUACUGACUGGAAGGAGAAAACAUCCCGAGACUUUAUCAGGUUUUGGAAAGAGGUGGUGGAGGAUGCUGAAGUCAGGGAGCUGAUCUGGGACAAGAGCAGCACAGCACAAGAUGGUACAUCCGUAGCAGAACGUUGGCAAAGUCUCUUCCACCCACCACGGAACCAGGGCAUCAGCGACAUGGAGGCCCAGCGGGUGCUGCAGGUCGCAGUCAUCCUGCGAAACCUCUCCUUCGAGGAGGCCAACGUCAAGCUGCUGGCAGCCAACCGAACGUGCCUGCGCUUCCUUUUGCUCUGUGCUCACUGUAACCUCAUUGCACUCCGACAGCUCGGACUCGACACGUUGGGCAACGUGGCUGCCGAGCUUCAGCUUGAUCCCGUUGACUUUCGGAUGACUCAUCUGAUCUUUCACACCAUCACCAAAUGCUUGAUGUCCAGAGACAGGUUUCUCAAAAUGAGAGCCAUGGAGAUCCUGGGCAACCUCAGCAAAGCAGAGGACAACGGCGUGCUCAUCUGCGAAUAUGUGGACCAGGACUCUUACAGGGAGGUUAUGAUGCUCCUCACUCUGCCUGACCUCAUGCUCCUCAUGGCCUCCUUGGAGGUGCUGUACCUGUUGGCUCAGCUUGGAGAGGUUCCCUGCAGCAAGAUAGCCUCGGUCGACCAUAGCAUAGACUUGUUAGUGAGGUUAGUAUCUGUUGACCUUCAUACAUUCGGACCAGAUGCUCUAACAGCGGUACGGUUGAUCGAGCAUCAGGCCAACACCGAACAGGCAACGGAGGUUCGACCGCAGCUGGUAGAGCAGGUACCUGCGGCUGUGCAGGGAGCAACAUCUACUACAACAAGGGCUCCGGUUCAGUCCACACAACCGCCGCCUGGCAUAGUCGAACUUGAUGGAGAGAAAUUUACACUGCAAUGGCUAAACGCGCACUUUGAGACAAACACUGAGGGCUCGGUGUCCCGAUCGGACAUGUACUCGGAGUACCUGGCCACGUGCAGCAAAAUGGGACGAAGUAACAUCUUGAACUCAACCGGCUUCCUCAAAUGUCUACGGACUGUGUUUCCCAAUCAUACAAUGCGGCGGCAGGAGGAGACCAAAACCAGUGGCCCAAUUCACAUCCUCCUGGUGGGGAUAAGGCGAAGGUCGAUACCCCUGCCCAUUCAACUAUAUUACCAGCAGUCUCAACAGCAGCAGACGCCAGGAGCAACACCCCCUCCUGUAGUUCGACAAGAAGCCCCUGGAGACCCACAGGUUCCAUCUCCAGGGAUACCUCCUGGGAAUACACCACAGAUGGGACGGACACCAGGUCCCAGUGUCAGCGCAGGUGGUCCAGCUGGUCCUCACCCGGUGCAGUUAUCGUCAAAUACCCAGACAGUAGUGCAGCAGGUCCGGCCCUGUCCAGCGGUUCAGAUCCCAACAUCAUCAUCGGCUUUCCAGAACCACAGCCCCCAGAACCCUGCUGCGCCAACUCCUGCUCAGCAACACUGCCCCAUCCUCCCCACCGGGACACCAGUCACGCUAUUUCAGCAAGUACCUCAGGGCCACAUACUUACGGCCAGGGUACAAGGUGUCUGUCCCCCAAUCUCCCAGCACCCGCCCCUCACUCAAACCCCUCCUCUUUCGGCACCACAAGGAGGCUCUCCCCAGGUAGAGCCUCAGUGUGGUGUGGCUGCAUCUGCAUCCACCUCUUCCAUCCAGGCGUCAUCAACAGGGUCACGUGUCACAUUUCAGAAUAUUGCCCCCAAGCCAGCGCCAAACCAGACAGCUGUACCAGCAGCCACGAUAGCCGCCCCCAACCAGCAGCCUCAACAACAGGCACAGAGUGUGGUUAUAGUCAGUCCUAGCCCUCAACAGACCCCUGUCUACACCCCCGCCAUACACCAAAUCGUUCUUGCCAAUCCUUCUGCCAUUCCCGGUGCCCAGACUAUCCAGUUAGCAGGGCAGCCUGCAGCUCCUUCCAGUCCCUGCCCACCUGCUGCAUCCCACUCAAAUGCCCUUGUGCAGCCCAAUCAAACUGUCAGCCAGACACUGUCCAUGAAAAGGCAUCAGCAGCAGCCGUCACUUCAAAUGAUUCCGCAAACUCCCCCCUCUCAGCCUACCUCCUCAGAAUCCAGCUUGAUCAAACAGCUUCUGCUUCCAAAGCGAGGGCCUUCCACGCCAGGUGGAAAGCUCAUCCUUCCUGCGCCACAGGUACCCCCUCCCAACAGCACGAUAGCCCCAAAUUCACAAGUCAUCUACCAGGCAGCCUACAACACCCAGGGGCCCUCUCCACAACCUCAACAGCUCAAUGUUCAGCUAGUUCCUGGUCAAGUUCAGCUCUUGCCAGGCCAGCUCAUCUCGACAAGUAGUCCAGCUACAAUCAUCCAGGCCCCCAUGGCGACUGGACAAGUCACAUUUACUGUGGUCCCUAACACUGGCUUCACCACGUCUACUGCAGCCGUCGCCGCGGUCAGCGCAGUGGCCCCAAGUGUUCCCCAGCCUCCGUUAUCGACUGGAACCGUGCCCCAGCAAGCCCCUGCUGUCCCACCGCCAUCACCACUGCCACCGAAUCCACUCCGAGGAGACAAGAUCAUCUGUCAAAAGGAGGAGGAGGCCAAGGACGCCACUGGGUUGCACAUUCAUGAGCGGAAAAUCGAGGUCAUGGAGAACUCCUCUUUGCCAGAUGGAGACUCCACCAAUGGGAAAACCAGUAACGGCGAUGUUGGAGUAGGUGGCAAGCUGCUAAACGGUCGGAAGUGCGUGGAGUCUAAUCUACCUCCAUACCACUCAGGGAACACCCAGGGGGCACUAAAUGGUCCGGCUGUGGAGAGUCCCCCUGCUAAUGGGAAGCAGGCCCUCUCCCCUAGACUUGACGCCCCUUUGGAGGCGAACCCCGACUCUAAAAAGACACUGGUCAAUGGGGUGUGUGAUGUUGAUCGGGGCGACUGUGGUGUCAUUAACAAAAACAUUCCAAAUCACAUUGCUUCCAAACAGUACUUGGGGAAUGGAGAUGUGGGCCCUACAGAGAAGAGUCACAGCUCAACCCCCCCUGCUCCCAGCCCUCCACUGCAGCAGGAUACUGCCAAAGCCCAGCAGGCUGAGCGCCUGGCCAAUGGACCUCAGGCAGUAGGCACCAGGCCUCCCUCAGAAUUAACAAACGGACCUUUGGGGCCGGGCCACGCCGUGCCUGUGCUAAGGCAGCAACUGCUUCCCAAUUCCUCCCUCCCUCCGACUCUUCCCGUUACCUCCCCGAGCGUGGUCACCUCCCCUGCAAACGGAGUAGCCUUGGAGGCCCGGGGCGUGAAGAGGCCUGCUGAGAACGAGGAUCGCACGGCGUCAGCCCCCUCCUCGGGGAUCCCCAAUAAAGUGGGAGUGCGGAUAAUCACCAUCAGUGACCCCAACAACGCCGGCAACAGCUCCACGAUGGUGGCGGUGCCGGCGGGAACAGACCCAAGCACAGUAGCCAAAGUAGCAAUAGAAAACGCCACUCAGCAGAGGAACUGCUCACCAACACAGACGGCUGGCUCAACGCCUACUGUUACCCCAUCCCCGCCCCCUGUGACCCAGCCUGCAAAUGCGGAUAGCAAUGGCCCUCAUCUCCCUCCAACACAGCAAGCCCCCACGGCACCACCAGAGCAGAACAGGAAAGCGGGGCAGAACUUCAAAUGUCUUUGGCAAUCGUGUAAACGGUGGUUUGAGACCCCAUCACAAGUGUUUUAUCACGCGGCAACGCAACACGGUGGAAAAGAUGUGUACGGAGGCCAUUGUCAGUGGGAGGGAUGCGACCCUUUUCCACGACAGAGACUGUCCUUCAUUACGCAUCUACAGGACAAGCACUGUUCUCGGGACUCUUUGCUAGCUGGACUCAAACUGGAGGAACAGCAAGCCCAGCAAAGUCCCAACCAGACUUCUUCCCAGACGCCACCAGUGGCAGGCAGUAGUACACCGGCAGGCCGACCGGCGAAAGCGAUCGUCAAUCAUCCGAGUGCAGCCCUCAUGGCCCUCCGCAGAGGCUCUCGAAACCUGGUCUUCAGGGACUUCACGGAUGAGAAAGAGGGACCAGUGACCAAACACAUAAGACUAACUGCUGCCUUAACGUUAAAGAACAUCGCCAAGCACUCGGACUGUGGUCGUGUCUUGGUAAAGAAGCACGAGACUCACCUCUCUGUGCUCGCACUAAGCAACAUGGAGGUUUCCACCACACUCGCCAAAUGCCUUUAUGAACUGACACGCUCGCUUCAGGCCUAACGCCAAAAAGGACAACCUCUAGAAAGCCCUCCAUCCUCACGCGAGGCGAACGAGGACAAAGGAAAGACGCCGGUGAGCCGUAGCGGGUCUGUCGAGGAGGAGAGCGCAGGAUCUGGACCGAAGACCUUCCUCCUGCCACCCACUCAUCCUCAGCUCCUUCAACCUGUGUUUGAACCCCCUCACACUCUGGACCACACACUCAAAAACUGCCACGGGGUCUUCCACCAGCUGCCCAGCAGGGGGAGCUCUUUCCGACUGCUUCCCCAAGGGACGACAAACACCCCCGCAAAGCACCAAACACGAGCACAUUUUGUUAGCUUUGUUUUCGUCCCAUGAAGUGACGUUUCGACUGAAGACCACCAGGUGGUUCGGGUGCCCGGGGCAGAAGGCGGGGCUUUGAAAGGCGUCCCACAGGGUUGCGUAGAGGACUCAGCUGGCAACUGGCGCCGAUUUUUUUUUUUUUUUUUUUCCUUUAAAACUUGGUAGCUUGGUUUUUCUUACUUGAGUCGAUAUAUUUUCACUUAUUUAUUAUUAAUGAAAUGAAUACCAUUACAAUUAAUAAAAUCUUGUAAAUAUGUUGUGAAUAUAUAUAAAGAAGAUCCUCUUUCAUGAUGAUGCAGCCACUGGAGAACUUGCUCUGUGGCGUUAAUAGAAGCAUUACUUUGGUAGGAUUGAAUAAAGUAGUAUGUUUUGUUUUGGGGGGUUUUUUGUUGCUUUUUUUAUGAUCCCUGGUCACUUGUAACUAAUGUGAUUCUAUACUCAGCAGUGGAUGAAUGUACUUAAAACCCUGUAAAUACUUCUGCAAAGGUACUGAUGCUGUAAAGCCUGGGGAGAGGAAAAAAAAACAGUUUUUUGUGGAACUGUGACAUUUUUGUAUUAUAUAAUACCUUGUAGAACUCAUUUUGCUGGCUGAAAGAGUAUGGAAUAAUAUAUCAUGUCAUUUUGUAGAACAAAAAAUAUUGAAGGUAUUUUCCCCCCUUUCUGUUCCCUCACGCCUUCCCAUCAACGCGCGCAUGCGCACACACACACACACACAAAGUGACAUUUAUCUAUCCACUGUAAGUGUUUUGUCAUAGUACGAGCACAGUGCACGUACCAAAAUUCUUUUUGUAUUUGUAAAUUGGUUUAAAUACAUGGAUUUUUAUACAGGUUUUCUCCUGUGUUCUUUGCUUUAUGUGCAGGUAUAAUAUUUUCUUCACCACUUUUUUCUAUCUUAAUAUAGUGUGGAGUUUUAUUGUACUAUUUUUUCAUUCUUAAUACCAUGCCACAUUCCGCCUUACCUCACGUCCUCUCCGAUUGUCCUCUCGACCGUGUGUUGUGUAACAUUUGAUGACUUCCUGUCCUAUUAGCAUCUGACCGGGGCUACCCAACCAUCCUCCAUUUCUGCGGUGUCAGUAAGAUGUGUGACUAAACAUAGACCUAACAGUCUGUUAGAGAUUGGCUUUAUUUACUUUGGUGACUGUUUAUAGUUUUUAAAUAAAAAAAAACACUGAA